CCACCGACCCGGCGGGAAAUAUAAACUGGUCAACAACUCCGCGUUUGUUAGACAGCAAAAUGUGUCUCCUGUGAUCAACCACGUGUUUGGACCAUAAACAUGCGUUUGCCAAUUAGAAGAUAUCGGACAGGGAUCGCCGAACUCCGCCAUUUUGUUUCCCUGUUGACAAAGUGUCUCGAUAUUGUCAUGAUGUCAGUGGAGGUCAACGGACACGCUCAAGGUGAUGCAACACAUGACCAGACGAGUAAGAAAGUAAAUGGUUCAAUGACAAAUGGAUUGUGUAACAGCUCAAAUAGCGUAAGGAGGCACUCUGAAUACAACUACCUGGAUGCAAUACAACAGAUCAUCGAUCAUGGUGUUAGGAAGUCCAACAGGACAGGCACAGACACACUUUCAAUAUUUGGGAUGCAGAUGAGAUACAACCUAAGAGAUGAAUUUCCACUGUUGACAACAAAGCGGGUGUUCUGGCGAGGACUUGCGGAGGAGCUACUAUGGUUUGUCAAGGGGUGCACAAAUGCCAACAUUCUGAAGGACAAGAAUGUACACAUCUGGGAUGCCAACGGUUCCAAGGAGUUCCUGACCAACCUGGGCCUAGGACAUAGGGAAGAGGGUGACUUGGGUCCGGUGUAUGGGUUUCAGUGGCGACAUUUUGGUGCAGAGUACACGGACAUGCAUGCAGACUAUGAGGGCCAGGGAGUGGAUCAGCUGAUGGAUGUUAUAGAUAAAAUACGCAACAAUCCAGAUGACCGCAGAAUCAUUAUGUCCGCUUGGAAUCCCAUUGAUCUGAAGAAGAUGGCCCUUCCCCCUUGCCAUGCAUUUGUACAGUUCUUUGUGGCAAAUGGGGAGCUCUCCUGUCAGCUGUACCAGAGGUCUGCAGACAUGGGUCUUGGAGUUCCGUUUAACAUUGCCAGCUACUCACUCCUGACCUACAUGAUUGCACACAUCACCGGGCUCAAGCCUGGUGACUUUGUCCACACUCUUGGAGACGCCCAUGUGUAUGUGAACCACAUUGAUGCUCUAAAAGAACAGCUGCAACGCGAGCCAAGACCAUAUCCAAAACUUGUGAUCAAGAGAAAUGUGACAGACAUUGAUGAUUUUAAAAUGGAAGACUUCGAAAUAGUGGACUACAAGCCCUACCCCACCAUCAAAAUGGACAUGGCUGUUUGAACCCUUCACUGCUAGAACAUUGUCCUACUGUUGCAUUGACAAGUGCCAUAUUUGACAAAAUAUUAAUAAUGUGGAUUGUGCUUGUAAAGCUAUACUUUUACAGGUGCUACUAAGCAAGUGUUUUGUUAAUGUAUUUCUCAUUUUGUAACUUUAUAUUCUUUCUCCUCUUUCAAUGCUUGCUGUCAUGUACCAUAGCUUUUUUUCUGACCUCUAAGAAAAAUAUAUAUAUAAAAUAUGUCUCAUACACAUAGCACAUUUUUCUGUGGCAUUGAAUGAGAAACUGAGCAAUAGUUAAUGACUAUGUGAACAUAAUACCACAAAUGCUUGUCAAACUUAUGUAUACAUUAUGUGUUCAUUGAAUUGGUAAUAAUGUUUGCUCAAUUUAUAUUAAAUAAAUUUUACAACACGC